UGAAUGCUCUGAGUCAGUAUGAAAAUUGGUCAACACAGAGUGCAUUUGAAGCUCAGUGUAGAGUCCUAAAAUUAAUAGUUAUUUUUUGCUUGAAGAUCUGUAUAAAUGUGGAAUGAGAAGGUCACAUUACAUGGCAUGAGGGCCUGCAUCCUGCUCUGAGUGUUUCUACCUCUACAGUUUCAUUUAGGGUCAAAUGAGCAGAAACUUUACACUACCAGUUAAUAUUUAACUGCUGGGCAGGGGGUGAAGCUGGAUGCUGGGGCUACAUCUGGAAGGAUCACAUUAGCUCUGUAAUCACAAAUCACACUACAGCAGUCGAGGGAGUCACGCUCCUCAUCUUACUAGAGAUAUAAACAUGCUUUAGUGAAAGGAAGACAUACUACUACUACUACUACUACUACUACUACUACUACUACUGGACUGAUUUCUUGCAUACAAAAUAAAUAAGACAAUCGUGCUAAAUGCACACACAUAUAGAGACAUAGACCGAAAAAUAACAACUCUCCGGGCCCUAAUCUUCAAAUGCUGAAGUUUCACAUUUGAACAUGACCACAAUCCCUACAUCAUUUUCAAUGCUCUGAACAGUAUCUAUAUGAUAAACCACUUUAUAGUUUAGGAGGAUACUCGAACGUUUUGUGGAGUUAAUUAUACAAACAUACCUAGACUCCUCCCAUCCCCCUCAUAGAAAUUUUUAUAAUUUAGAUUAUUUCUUUCAAAGAAUAUUGGAACAAAGAACCAUCAUACAUUGAAUGUGCAGUUUUUAGUUCUUAUAAAAAACUCCAUGGCAAUAAAGACAGACCUGCUUGGAAUAUUGUUAAGUUUUUACUCUAAAUGUGGAGAGAUGCAACAAGCUAGUAGAGCCAAUGAAAUUGAACAGAAAGCACAUUUCCACUCCUAGCUAAUUAGUAUAAAAAUGAAGAGCCAAUUUUAUUGUUAAUAGACGAGUUUUCACUGAAAGAGCUAUUACAAGGAUCUUCAUAUACCUGUGUAUACCUAUCUUCAUGUACAUUUAUCCUGCACAUUUUGAAAACUGUAUUAGAAUGUUUGCAAUAACAGGACUGAAGGAUCUAUAAUAAUUGCUGAGAUUGUAAGCUUGAAGGUACAUAUCUCAAUAAACUUUGUAGUCUACAUUGCAUUCAUCAUGUUGUGUGAUCAAUACAUGUGCACAAUGUGCAGAAGAGUGGGAGACAGACAAAGAUGGGAGCCUAUGGAUGAGUGCCUGGGCAAGGUCAGUGGCCCCAAAGGCCAUGUGUUCACUUGCUGUACAGUCCUGGACUGCCUCCACUAGCCACUAAGCUGUUCCUAGGCAACCAACCAUCUCAGUUCAAAUAUGGCUACUCACACCUCCCCACGUGUCGGGGGAAGCACUGAAGGAACUAAAUCAGGUAAGAAUUUUAACCUCAAGUAUGCAACUAGCUAAUGACACUCCUCUUUGAACACCAAAGUCAUGAGAGCCUACACAUGUGCUGUUGUUGGGGUUAGGAACUCUCAAAGCGUGAGAGUCUCUGAUGGCAAACAAACUGACGCACAGAUCUGACAUGGCAUGUGAGAAAUGUGACAGAAACAACUAAACAUUUAACAAAAAAUAGAGGUGGCAUAUGGGAGCUGGAGUGGGGCUUUUGGGCAACUAGGGAAAACUUUACAAGGGUACACCAAGCCCAGAGCCCUACAGAUGCCAAGCAUGUGUAGAGGUCAAGACACAUGAGGAGUCCAUCUAGUGAGCUUGGGCAGCAACAUCUCUUGGGGCCUAAUAGGUCUUGGGAAACUCUGGAUAUUUUUUUUCUUAACCUGAGAAAUCAGGCAAAACUAAGCAGGGGAAGAGAAAAUGCACUAAAUGGCUACUAUUUCCAAGUGAUGGGUCCACCAGGGAUUGAGCCAUGGUGAAUGAAUAUUGCCUAUUAUUUUCAUUCAACUACAUUAUAAAAGUGGUUGGACAUAUGGGUCAAAAAUUAUGUAACACUGUAAUGAAUUCAAAGGAUUUACUGGAUAGGGUCAGUAAAAUGGGGAUGGGGGCACUCUGGUAUAAAAUAUACAUGGAUUUGAACAGCAGAUAGGGCUCAUUGGCUAUAGUGCUGGAUAAAAUUAUUCAGUUUCCCUCUUCCUCUUCAGGGGUUUCCUCUUAUGUAAAACUUGGGGCUGCCAGGAUUGCCUAAGGUACAGGACUGCUCUGAUUGAGCUAUAGAGGGAGAGCAGUUACCAAAGGGCCUAUAAGUGUGACCAACUUACAAAGGGGACUUCUCUUGCACAAACACAGACAAUGUAUAAUAAUUCAGUGACAAAAUAUUUUUUAAUAAUAUACAAGAAAGAAACCUCGUUUUUUUCUAGAUUCUGAAGAAAGAUUUAGAAAAUGUAGUAACAGCUUUUUGAUCAAAUUAUUCCAUGCUUUCACUAAUUUAUUGUUUAGAGAUAAUUAAGGGAUUAUCUAUAGUACUAAGAACUACUAUAGCCAUUGUUGGAAAAUUAAAAUUAUUUCAAUUACAUGUUAACUUUGUUCAUCAUUUGCUCUAAAAAACGUAGUUUAAUGGACAACUAGAAAACCAAAACCCAAACCAACCCAAACUGUAGUCUUUAAAUAAAAUAAUCAGAAGCUACUGGCCAGGAAAAGAGUAAAAUUGCUUUAAAUACCGUUGGUACCACACAAACUUCGAAAAUGCUCUUUAGAAAUCGCGUAAAUCAAAGUUUAAAACAACAACAACAAAAAAAGCAAUCCAACUAGCCUGCUUACGUACACAUUUAAAAUACAGUGAGAUGAUUCCCAGAAAAUUAUAGCCAGGGCCAACUCUCAAAAUGGUUAAUUUGACAAUCUUGUCUACAUUUUAAUGGAGCAUGUUAUAGAGAACUUGCAACAAAACAGGGAUGAUGCAGAUUUAAUGACCGACAGCUUCUAUAAAUCGCAGGACUUCAUUGCUGCAAUUCGGAACAUUGUUUCCGAAACAAAUGUAACCGGCAGAACUUCCUCUACACGCCAUAGAAAGCCCCUGUCCUGGCCCUCUGCCUGUCAUUUAUUUAUUUAUUUUUGUCAAGUAGGUAAAAAUAGGCGUUGGCCACUUCGUUUUUUCCCCGAAUAUGUACUCCUCACACAGGCUCCCUUGUGCGGGGGCCGCACCGCUGAGGAGCCAGCGCCUCCGCCACCAGGGACUGGAACCUGCGGUGAGGAUUAACGGAACCGCGCGUCACGCCGCAUGGAACAGAGCCCGCCCGCACGCCCGUGGGUGCGCACGCGUGUGCCGUCUCCGCCCACGGUCCGGGGCCGCCUCGCAGCCCACGGCAACGCGAGGCCCGUCACGCGUGGCGCUGGCUCCAGGGGAAACCUCACUGGAGUCCCUACCGCCGGAGACACUUGCGGUGUGGGCGCCCACGCCAACUCAGUCCGCCGCCACCUCGCACCCCAAGCGAUCCGACGGCCGGGUUUCCCGCCCCGCGAGGUGGGCGCCGCGCCAGAACGGUUCGGUCCCGCUCCUCCGUCCGCAGGCCAUCUUCGUCCCGCUCCACCCCCACGCAGGCGCGCUCCAGGCCCGCUUCCCCCCCACCCCCCGCCCCCACGGCGCGCUCUCCGCCAGGUGGGGCGGAGCGACCCUCGGAAGGGGCGUGGUCACAGUCCUCGACGCGCGCACGCGCUCUCAGCCUCUCGGCUACGUGUCUGGACACGUGACGCCCACCCGAGAGUCCCCAGUGAAGCAACAGGACGUUUAAAAAAAAAAAAUUUUUUUUUUUUUGAGGGGGUAGCGAGGAAGGUGGACGAAGAGGUUUAAGAAAAAAAAAAAAAACCCAAACUAUAGUAACGCGCGCGGACGCGAGGCCCGGGCGGCGGCGAGCGCAGCGCGUCGCGGAGAGUCCCGCCGGGAUUCCUCUCAGCCGCCGCACCCGACCGCGCCCGCCGCCUCAGCAACAGCGCGCCGACGAGCCAGCGCCGCCGCCCGCGUCCCCCUCAGCCGCGACCCCGGCCCCGCGCGGGCGGCCACCGGCGCGCGUCCUCCCCGCCGCGGCCCGGCCCUGCGCCGGCCGUCCCGCCCGAGCGGCCAGGGGCG